AUGGAUAAUGACAAGUUACUUAAAAACGACGUCCAGGUAGGCAAUUUCAUAGAAAUGGAAUAUAUAGAUGAUGAAGUCAUUAAUUCUUUGAAAGACUUGGAUUUAGAACCUGCUGAAAGCUGGGAUCAUUAUUGGGAUAAAUGGAAGAAGAACUUAAUUUUAAUUCAUGAUAGCAAAGCCAACCUAAAAGUCCUCAAAUAUUUGAGGGACAGACAUGCUCUCCUGUAUGACGUAUUAUUAUCAUUUGAUCCUUCAGAACCUCACUCCCUAAACAUUGUUGAUUUCAGAGCCAUACCCCUCGAAAUACAAUUAAGAACCAUGUUGGUGAACGCAACCCUCCACAAAUAUAAAGUCAAUGACACUUAUAAGAAACAUCGGAUGAUUGAAUUAUCCGAAAACCUGAAAUUCUACGCGUUGGGCUGGAAGCUAGGGUUUUAUCAAGAAGGUUGGAUAAUUCUCAAUUUGUCGAUGGUAUUCCCUAUUUUUAUAGGCCUACUUAUCUUUUUGCUAUUUGUUUUCGCUGAUUGA